UUUUAGUUCCACCGUUUCACCAUUACGUGACACUGUAUUCCACGUUCAUAGUAUUUUUAUUUACUCAUUUGCUAAUUGAGAGGAUUAAUUUUAUGAUCCUUUGCAAUGUACGAAUGAAGAUGUAACAAAAAAAAAAAAAGAAAAUGCCUUCGAAACCUAAAGUGGUUGCCAGGAAAGUAGCGACAAACGAGAGAAGUACGAAACCACCGAAACUUACAGAUUUGGGAAAUACUACUGCUGAAACUAGCAGUGGCUUGAGCCAAGAAGCUGAAGAUCAAUUUGAACUGGAAUUAUGCUGGUGCAUUCAGCAAUUAGAAAUGUGUUUGGCUACUGGGAAGCUUUCUGAGAAACAGACGCACGAUUUGACCAAGAAUAUAAAUAUUUUAAAAAGCAAUACUGCGCCUCUGGUGAAAAAGAGGCAGAUAAUGCGCAACACCUUGGGGAAUUACAGAGAGAAAAUGGCUAUCGACGAGCAAAAGCAUGGCAAAACUGCAUGUUCCAUCAAAUUCAUGCCUCCGUCUAGUCAAAAUAAGAAAUGUUUAUUUUUAAGGAAAGCUGCUUCAAUGGGAAAAGGAAAAGGAGAAGAGAGAAAGCAUUCGACAUGUUCUUUGAACUCUAGUGAGAAGUCCGUUGAUACUGAUGAUAUACAAAAUACAUUUCAAUUUAAUUUUCACAUAAAGGAAUAAAACGAUCUUUUGUAUGUACAAAAAUGGCUGUUUUUAUUACAACUGUAAUAAAUCUUUUUUAUUGUACAUUUUUAUU